AUCAUACCGUCCCUCCGCGAACCCCAGCCGUCCGUGUACCCAUCAGGCCAUUGCUCCAACCUCCCCGCCCCCUGAUCCCUUUCGCCUUCCCCUGCCACCCCGCCCGAUCCGGCCAAUGGCGUCGGCGCGGCGCUUCCUGCAGACCAACUCCGGCCAGUACCCCACCCUCCCCGCCGCCGAGCCCCCGGACCCGCUCGCCGUCGACUCCGACGUCGUCGUCAUCCUCGCAGCGCUCCUCUGCGCGCUCAUCUGCGUCGUCGGCCUCGCCGCCGUCGCCCGAUGCGCGGGCUCCCGCCGCGGCGUUUCCUCCGCCUCUCAGGGCGCGGCCGCGGCGAGCAAGGGGCUCAGGAAGAAGGCGCUCCGCGCGCUGCCGAAGCUGGCCUACGAGGACGCCCUGGCGGCCGCUAUCGCUGCGCGCGGGGGAUCGUCGGCUGUGGCCGGGGGGGAGAAGAUCCUGGCGGAGUGCGCCAUCUGCCUGUCGGAGUUCGCGGAGAAGGAGGAGAUCCGCGUGCUGCCACAGUGCGGGCACUGUUUCCACGUCGCGUGCGUCGACACCUGGCUCGGCGCCCACUCCUCCUGCCCAUCCUGCCGCCGCGUUCUCAUCGUUGAUGCGCCACCCAAGCUGCCGCCCGAGCCCAAGCGGUGCCGCAAGUGCGAGGCCGCCAUGGAGGAGGCCUCCUCCUCGUCCGGCGCCAGCGGCGACGGGGCUACCGGUUUCCUGCCUUAGCUUGAUCUGACAAGUGGGUCCCGGUUGACGCCGGUAAUGUUUAGCUGCCACUUCACCCUCUGUGGCCCACAGGUCAGUGAGGUAUUUCGUUCCACUACACUGGAGAUCACUUGUUCGUUCUCUGUUCUCCCCGAGGAUUUGGAUUCUGGUGGUAUUGCAGAGAUGUUGAUAGGUACCAGAUUAUGAGGUUGAUGCUGUAAAAUUCACUUUUAUCAAUCACGUUGAUGGGGAAGAGAAUGUGGGUUAAACGAGUCUGUACAUACUUUGUUCAAGAACGGGUGAAAACAUCAUAGGGACUAGAUGUGAAACUGAAAAGCAACUUUCCAUGUGGAAUUUUACUUCGUUUGUUAUUGUAAUAACAUUUUCUUGAGAAUAUUUAACGUGAGCCGCAUUUAGAUUCUC